AUGGAUGAAACUUACGAUGUCAUUGUUCUCGGCACAGGCUUGACCGAGUGUGUCCUUUCCGGGAUCUUGUCGGUGGAAGGGAAAAAAGUCUUGCAUAUCGAUAGACAGGACUUUUACGGCGGAGAAUCGGCUUCGUUGAACUUGACUCAAUUGUAUGGGAAAUUCAAGCCCUCUGCUCAUAAGCCAGAGUUGAAAGGCAGAGAUAGAGACUGGUGUGUUGAUUUGAUCCCCAAAUUCUUGAUGGCCAACGGUGAGUUGACCAACAUUUUGGUCCACACAGAUGUUACACGUUAUAUUGAGUUUAAACAGAUUGCAGCAAGCUAUGUUUAUAGAAGCGGUAGGAUUGCCAAGGUUCCAUCAAAUGCAAGCGAGGCGUUGGCUUCUUCGUUGAUGGGUAUAUUUGAAAAGAGGAGAAUGAAAAAGUUUUUGGAAUACAUCCAGAACUACGAUGAAGAAGAUGCCUCCACGCACAAAGGGUUCGAUCUCGAUAAGAACACGAUGGAUGAAAUCUACACCUAUUUUGGAUUGGAGAAUGGAACCAAGGACUUUAUCGGCCAUGCCAUGGCCUUGUGGUCCACCGACGACUAUUUGAAUGAGCCAGCGAGACCAUCGUACGAAAGAAUCUUGCUAUACGCUCAAUCCGUGGCCAAACACGGCAAGUCUCCAUACAUUUACCCACUUUAUGGAUUAGGCGAGUUGCCCCAGGGCUUUGCUAGACUAUCGGCUAUAUAUGGCGGUACUUAUAUGUUGGACACUCCAAUUGAAGAAGUCUUGUAUGAAGGUGAAGGUCCAGAUAAAAAAUUUGCUGGUGUUGUGACUAAAGAAGGUACAGCCAAGGCACCAAUCGUCGUGGCCGAUCCAACUUAUUUUCCUGAACUAGUCAAGAGAACCGGCGCCAAAGUCAUUAGAGCAAUCUGCGUGUUGGACCACCCGGUGCCAGGCGUCGACUUGGAUUCUUUACAAAUCAUUAUCCCGCAAAAUCAAGUUGGUAGAAAGCAUGACAUUUACAUUGCCGUCUUGUCUGACGUCCAUUGUGUUGUUCCCAAGGGCUACUAUCUUGCAAUAGUCUCCACUAUUAUCGAGACAGACGCACCUCACGUUGAGUUGGAACCAGCAUUCAAAUUGCUUGGUUCAAGAAUCGAUACACUUAUGGGCAUAGCUGAACUUUAUGAACCAAUUAAUGAUGGUACAAAGAAUGGAAUCUACCUUUCAAAGAGUUAUGAUGCUUCUUCUCAUUUUGAGUCCACCACGGACGAUGUUAAGGAUAUCUACUUUAGAAUCACGGGCAAGCCCUUGGCAUUGAAAAAGAGAGCAACUGAAGAAGAAGAGACUAAUGUUAUUCCAUGA